AUGUCCAUCUCCGACAAUUCGGCGCCACCAGCAACCGCGCCCGCCAAGACGACGACUGCCUGGAUACCUACGUCGGCUGAGGAUGUGGAGGAUUUGCGCGCGCUCGACAACGCCUGGGAGCGCGUUCGCAAGAACGUACCGGAUGCGCCGUACAUUCUCGCUGUCCCAUGCGCCGAGCCCCGAUACCACCAUUGGUCGCGCGAAUCGGCAGAAAGCUGGUGUCGUGGAACCACCUUUGACCCAAACGAGGAGCGCCUCCAGUACAUGAGCUUUGUCUACCGCGACCACGCCGACAGUUGCUUUGUUUGCCGAACGGAGGUGGAUGAGGAGAGAGAUAGGAGAGCCGCUAUGAAGGCCAAAGGAAUUCCAAGUGGAGUGAGCACGCCGGUGCGCAAUGAUGUGCCGAAAAAGAAGAUUAGUCUCGCUGCGUACAGGGACAAACAGGCGGGACUGGGAACUCCCUCGAAGCAGGCACCGGCACGGGAGGCAGGGAAGAAGGAGGAUACCCCUGCCAAAGAGACACAUAAAUUACCAGCCAAGCCACCUGUACUGGGGAAGUCCCCGGAGCCGCAGUCGCAUAAGCGCGCUCACGAGGAAGCCGAAGAGAAGCACUCGGCGCCCAAAGCGCGCGACCGUCCCGAUCAACAUACUAAAAAGCCGCGAAUGUCGGAUUCGUCGACGGAGAGGCCAAUGGUCAAUACCUCAACCUCGACUCCUCAUGGAUUGCCGCCAUUGGUCUCACCAAUAUCUUCACCUACGGGUCUCACUUUACCUCCACUUCUUUCACCCACUCUUCCGGAUGUCGUUGAAGUUGAAUUGAAAAAGCGCGAAGAAGAACAGAAACACAACAGAGCCGGCUCCAAUGCCUCUUCAUCCUCUGAUCAGAAAGCUUCAGCCACCACACCACCACACACAAAAACACACCAGGCUGAAACAGCUACAAAAGGCAUGCCCCAAGUUGCGGGAAAGAGACCCGCGCCCCAGAAACCACCGGAACACGAGACCAAAUCGGGCAAACGUCCGCCAGAUACGGCAUCCAAAUCUGUUAAGACGGCAGCGGAAAGCCCUGUUGCCAAGACCAAAGCAGCAUCAGACAAACACAGGAAACUCAUUAUCAAGCUCAGAUAUGGUAGGAAGCGGAGACAAGAGGUUGAGCGGCUUUUGCGGUUACCUCCUAGUCGAAAAGUUCUUUCAAAAGAGCACGAUGUUACGACGGAGAGCUCAAAAGACACUGAGCGACCGAAGAAGGCCGAGAAUCCAUCAAAGGCAAAAGACACUGCAGGAAAAGAAGCUCCUCGUAAACUGGCGCCGCCAGCCAUCAUUGACGGAAAAGAUAAAUCAAAGCACGUGGCUGAAAAGCGCCCGCGAGCCGCUGAAGAUCAACAUAAUGAAACACCGCCCACCAAACGCCCUAGAGCUCCAUCCACUGUCGACGCCGAGAAGAAACCCCGAACACCUACUCAACGAGAACUUCAGUCGCCAGCUUUAUCCACCAAAUCAAGCUCUCAAAAACAACAAUAUCUCACCCCAAGCAGGAACUUAAAAUCAUCAAGCAUGAUCCGGUCCGUUUCGAAUGAGAGCAAUGGCAUUACAGUCACUCCAGGCCAGUCAGCAGGCACGCCUGUAGUCUCUGGUUCUUUUGACACUUCUAGCAUCGCAGCCUCCACGCCAUCAAAUGGCAAGGGUAGCAGCAUUGCCAUCUGGCAAGAGGCAUCCCGCAAGUGGAAUCCUCUGGGCCGAAAGUUGAAGCAUGGGUUGCAAGCCCUGAUGGGAAGCAAACCUUCACUAAAAGAACGCAAGCGAGCGGCAGCUAUGGGCAUGGACUGUCUCCUUACAUACAUUGCCGCAUAUACGUGCCAAGAUUACAUGUAUCACUUGCGAGGUAUGCCGGGCGACAUCGAUGGCAAUUGGCGCACAAUCCUGCCUCUGCACCGGUACAUGAGCCGCAUCUGCGCCGAGUUCCCGCAUCUGGACGCCCUGCGGCUGCAGCUUGGCGCGGUGAUCUGCACGCGCAUCACGGCCAUCAUUGCGCACCACGGGCCCGUCAGUAACGCGCCCGAAAAAGAGCGUGAAAAGGACAAGGAAUCCAGCGGCAGCGACACCAAGCAGAGUAACACACUGCACAGCCUUGAAACGUCAAGUCGGACCAUGGGCGAGUGCCAGACCGACAUGGUGCGCUUCGUCGCGGACGCGCGCCUUAAGCUGCCCGUCGAGGACCUGAUCGCGGGAUACCCGGCGACGUGGUCGGGCCGCGCCAAGGGCGACGAGCUGCGCGACGUGAUGGCGGCGGGGCCGUGGGAAGCGUUGGCGCCCGGAACGCUCGAUGGCGCGUAUAUCUUGCCGGUGGCUGUUGACAUGACGCCCGUGCAAGCGCUGCGCAUGGGCGCUGCGUUCGUACGUGAGUGGAUCACUAAGGAGGGUGUCGAGUAUGAGCUGCAGCUGAAGCUGUAG